UAUCAUUAGUCAAAUUUUAUCAUUUGUGCAAGAGAAGGGGUUUGAUGUGAAAGCUUUGAGAGCAUUCAGAGUACUGAGGCCUUUACGUUUAGUGUCUAGAGCACCAAGUCUGCAGGUGGUGUUGAAUUCCAUACUUCGUGCUAUGGUCCCUUUGUUACAUAUUGCUCUGUUAGUCAUUUUUGUUAUUAUCAUUUACGCUAUUGUUGGACUCGAACUAUUUUACGGCAGACUCCACUAUGCGUGCUUCAAGUUUAACACAACAAAAAAUGAAUUUGUUGAUGACCAGCCUCGGAUCUGUGGUGGCGGCUACGACUGUGAGAAGAAGGGUGUGUGCAGGGAGUGGUGGGAAGGACCCAACUAUGGUAUCACAAACUUUGACAAUUUUGGUCUGGCUAUGCUGACAGUCUUCCAGUGUAUAACCAUGGAGGGUUGGACCAAUGUGCUUUAUGAUAUUAAUAAUGCUGUAGGGAGUGGAUGGCCGUGGAUGUAUUUUGUCAGCCUCAUUAUCAUUGGUUCAUUCUUUGUCCUUAACCUUGUUCUUGGUGUCCUUAGCGGUGAGUUUUCCAAGGAAAGAGAAAAGGCCAAAGCCCGUGGUGAUUUCCAAAAACUACGAGAGAAGCAACAACUUGAGGAAGAUCUGAGGGGGUAUCUGGAUUGGAUAACUCAAGCUGAGGACAUUGAUCCAGAGAAUGAGCAUGUUGUAGAAGAAGGAGCAACACCCAGACACUCUAAAAUUGCCAGCGAGUUGGAUCCUGAGGACAAGGAGGAGGAGGAGGUUGAAGCUGUGGAACUGCAGCAGUCGUGGUUCCAGAAGAAAAGACAGCGACUACAGAAAUUGAACAGGAGAUGUCGCAGGCUGUGUCGCAGGGUUGUCAAGUCUCAGGCAUUUUACUGGGCGGUCAUUGUGCUAGUGUUUCUGAACACACUCAUUUUAACAUCGGAGCACUACUCACAGCCCUUAUGGUUGGAUGAGUUUCAAGCUAUUGCCAACCUGUUUUUUGUGGUUCUGUUUACCCUGGAGAUGUUACUCAAGAUGUACAGCCUGGGGUUCCAGGGCUAUUUUGUGUCACUCUUCAACCGCUUUGACAGCUUUGUGGUUCUGUGUAGCAUACUGGAGGUGAUUCUUCAGUACACCGAUGUCUUUCCUCCUUUGGGUAUAUCUGUGCUCAGGUGUGCCCGCUUGCUCAGGGUCUUCAAGGCCACUAGGUAUUGGUCUGCUCUACGUAACCUGGUGGCAUCACUCCUGAACAGUAUGCGCUCCAUUGCCAGUUUGUUGCUGCUGUUGUUUUUGUUUAUUGUCAUUUUUGCCUUGCUGGGGAUGCAGUUGUUUGGUGGCAAGUUUAACUUCCCUGACAGCGAAAAACCUCGCAGUAACUUUGACUCAUUCUGGCCAUCACUGCUGACUGUCUUUCAGAUUCUGACUGGUGAGGACUGGAAUGCUGUCAUGUACGAUGGUAUACGGGCUUAUGGUGGUGUGCACUUUCCAGGCAUUUUUGUGUGUCUCUACUUUGUGGUUCUGUUUAUAUGUGGUAACUAUAUAUUGCUGAACGUCUUCUUGGCCAUCGCUGUAGACAACUUGGCAGAUGCCCAGAGCUUGACAGAAAUUGAGGAACAGAAGGAGGAGGAGAAAGAAAGGAAAAAGUCAUUACGGAGAUCCAAGAGUAUAAGUCCAAGCAAAGAUCAGGAGGGAAAAGAUGAAGAAGGCUUAGAUGUGAAUGGCAACGAUAGCGGGGAAGCUGCAGAGAAGACUUCCAUCCAGCUCAGCAGGCAGCCCAGCUUGAAGAGUAAAAGAUCCUACAGAAGAGAAAGCACCCCUGGAGAUCACCAUGUCCGCUUGGAUCUGACUCCGGACCACAUCACCUCUGGAGAUUACAAGAGUAACCACAAAGCUCCAUUGCCAG